UCCCUCAUAUUCCACAUAGCAAGCAACUAGUACAUCUUGUGCUUCAUUUGAGUUGAACUUUGCUAGCUAGGUUCAAGAUGAGCAAGCCCGUGAAGAUCGGGCCAUGGGGUGGCGAUGGAGGCGAACCUCGCGACAUCGAAUACACUCCUCUCGCACUAGUUCGUGUGGCAAUUCGUAGCGGGGACGCAAUCAACGCUAUCGGGUUUACUUACGUGGAUACCAGUGGGAAUCUGCAUGAGGAGGAAUGGGGAGGCUCCGAGGGGGAGAAAUUUGAGGAGUUGCUCCUUCAAGAAUUAGAAUAUGUGUUGGAAAUUUCAGGAACGUAUGGUUCAUCCCCUGAAUCAUAUGUAACAUCUCUUGAAUUGGUUACCAACAAGGGUCGGACUAUCCGUGGCGGCACUGCCGGCUCUGGGGUUCUUUCUGUUGUUGUUAACCUUGUCCUCUUUCCUAGUUUCCUAAGACUGUACGUCUUUCUUCUUUGUGUUUCAGUUAUAGACACCUAGGAGUUUAUCUGUACGUGUUUUGUACGUACAUGUUUCUGUAUGGCCAGAAGCGUGCUUAGUCCACGUUGCGGCCAAGUCGUGUCUAGCGUUUUCGUAGCACGAGCGAGUCCACGAUCUGAAGCCGUGGGAUGGUGCGAGCAUGUUGGGUCGUGGCGUAGAAGUCGCUCAGUUUGUUUUCCCUGUUGAAUAAAAGAAGAGAAACAGAAAAGACGCUGGAAUUAAGGCGUCGCAAAA